UCAGUGACGUGGCUACAACACGCAUGUGCAAUGACCUGGGUCAGUGCUCUUGUAACCAUACGUGGCAUACACAUUGGUACCGAUCCUCUGUGGAACAGGGUCGAUUUCCGUAUUCCAGCAGGUGAAGAAUAGCAUCUCCUAUACAAGACAAGCAAACUUAUUUUCGACAUGAGUUACAUGAACCAGCCACCAGGGGGUGGAUAUCAGAACUCUUAUGCUGCUCCCCCAGGUCAGGCUCCACCCAAUGCUUAUGGAAACUAUGGCAAUCAGCCUGGCCAGCCCACUUUGGGAGCUCCACCUCCUUCAGGAGGGAUGCCUCCCCCAGGGCCUGGGAAACCGCCUGCAGGAGGUGCGUAUGGUGACAACAGUACACCGCAGAACUCGUAUGGAGGAUCAUCAAUGAAUGGACCAUCAUCGACGGGACCUCCCCCGCCUGGUCCAGGCAGUAACCAGUUUGGGGCACCUAGACCGAUGGGUGGGUACCCUGCACAGGGGCAGCGGCCACCUGGACCAGGGCAAGGACCACCAGGACCAGGGCAGGGAGCUCCUCCAAUGGGAGGACAGCCACCUCAGGGACAACCGCAGCAAAAUCUACCAGGAAGCUACGGCAUGCAAACCAGACCACCAGUAUCCAGCUCACAACCUGGUUUCUACCAGCCUGGUGCCCCACCUCCUCCGGGCGGAGCUCAACCCGUAAAGCAAGUAACCAAUCAGAUGUCAGCUAUGAAUGUAUCUGGAGGUCCACCUCGCCCAGGCUACAAUAUGGGAGGUCUUCCAGGAGGUCCACAACCACCACCUGCUUCAGGGGGUUACGGGGCGGGGCCACCUUCCAGCCAAGCACCCCCAUCAGGGUUCCAAGGCCAGCCUCCAACAGGCUUUGCAUCAGGUCCUCCAACAAACAAUUACUCCAAUGCCCCCACUCCAUCAUCAAAUACAAACUAUGGUGCCCGUCCAACAAACACAAGCUAUGGUCAACCGGGCACAGCCGGACCUCCCCUUCUGAGUAGCUACGCAACAGGACCACCACCUCCCCAGAUUCCCCAGAUGGGCCAAGGGCAAACAUACAGUGGGGGUGUGGCACCCCCAAUGGGACCGGGUAUGACUCCACCUGCCACCCCGCCUGGGACCGGCCCACCAGGGCCACCAGGGAUGGGGUACCAAGCUGGAGGGCCACCCCCAGGUGGGAUGGGGAUGCCACCUCAGGGGGGUGGUGUAGGGGGGUAUGGACAACCCCCUGGUCCAGGUGGGAUGCAACCCCAACCCCAGACACAGCAGCCGCCGCCUGCUCCUAAGAGGCUUGAUCCAGAUCAGAUGCCCAGUGCAAUUCAAGUAAUCGAUGACGACAAGAGAACACGAGGAGGGCAACAGUUCAUCACAAACCUACGAGGACAGGUGCCACCCCUUGUUACUACAGACUUCCAGGUUCUAGAUCAAGGAAAUGCCAGUCCCAGAAUUAUGCGUAGCACUAUGUAUAGCAUUCCAUGUACUCAGGACCUGGUGAAACAGUCACAGAUACCCAUAGGGGUUGUCAUAUCACCUUUUGCAGAGACGAUUAACAAUGAGAACCGGCCCCCUAUAGUAGACCAUGGUCCUAAUGGGCCAGUCAGGUGUAACAGGUGCAAGGCCUAUAUGUGUUCUUUCAUGAGCUUUGUGGAGGGAGGCAGGCGGUUUCAAUGUGCCUUCUGCGGUGGUCUUACAGAAGUUCCGCCUGAAUUUUUCCAGCCGUUGGAUCACAUGGGCAAGAGAGUUGACAUGUUUGAAAGGCCGGAGCUUUCAUUAGGCACCUUUGAAUUCUUAGCUACUACUGAUUAUUGUAAAAACAACACACCGCCCAAGCCACCAGCAUACAUCUUCAUGAUAGAUGUCACAUACCAGAGUAUGAAGACUGGUAUGGUGAACCUUCUUUGUCAACGGCUCAAGACACUGCUAGAUGAUCUACCAAAAGAGCAUGGAGCAAAGGAGUCCAACAUCAGAGUGGGCUUUGUGACCUAUGACACAACACUUCACUUCUACAAUGUAAACAGCGCCCUCGCCCAGCCCCAGAUGCUUGUGGUGUCAGAUAUCAAUGAUGUCUUCAUGCCUCUACUGGACGGGUUCUUGGUGCAGCUCUCAGAAUCAAGGGCUUGUGUUGAAAGCCUUUUGGAUCAAAUCCCAGAAAUGUUCGCAGAGACCAGGGAGACGGAAUCCAUGUUGGGACCAGUUAUCCAAGCUGGGCUAGAAGCUCUCAAGGCUGCUGAAACGUCAGGCAAACUGUUAAUAUUCCACUCAUCGCUUUCAAUUCUGGAAGCCCCUGGCAAGCUGAAGAACAGAGACGACAGAAAACUGUUGGGUACAGACAAAGAAAAGACCGUUUUGACACCACAAAUCAGCUUCUACACUACUCUUGGUCAGGAGUGCGUGACGCACGGCUGCAGUGUGGACACCUUCCUCUUUCCCAACUCUUACGUGGAUGUGGCCACAGUGGGUCAGGUCUCAACGCUGACCGGAGGACAGUGCUACAAGUACAGCUACUUCCAAGCUGCCAAUGAUGGAGAGCGUUUCAUCUGGGACCUGACCCGCAACCUGACCCGCGAGGUCGGCUUUGAUGCGGUGCUCAGGGUCCGCACCAGCACCGGCAUCAGACCCACAGACUUCUAUGGCAACUUCCACAUGUCCAACACGACAGACGUGGAGCUCGCAUCGAUAGACUGCGACAAGGCUGUUACCGUGGAGAUCAAACAUGAUGAUAAACUUCAGGAGGAAGUAGGAGCAUUUAUCCAGGCUGCUGUGUUAUACACGAGCGUGAGUGGUCAGAGAAGGCUACGUGUCAUCAACCUGUCACUCAACUGCUGUACCCAGAUGGCUGACGUGUACCGCAACUGUGAAACAGACACCAUCAUCAACUUCCUUGCCAAGUAUGCUAUCCGAGGUGUACUGAACUCCAACCCCAAGGCUAUCCGGGAUACCAUCAUCAACAAGUGCGCCAACAUCUUGGCUUGCUACCGGAAGAACUGUGCCACGCCCUCAUCACAUGGGCAGCUAAUCUUACCCGAGUGUAUGAAAGUACUCCCUCUUUAUGUCAACUGUGUGUUGAAGAGUGAUGCAUUCUCCGGUACGACCGACAUCACCACCGACGAUAGGAGUUGGUUGAUGCAGACGGUUCUAUCCAUGGAUGUCGUCUCAACUCAUGCAUACUUCUAUCCUAGACUACUACCAGUUCAUGACAUAGAUGUCAACAGUGAGGACACCCCCGCGGCAGUGCGAUGCUCCAUCGAACGAUUCGAAGACCAGGGGGUCUACAUCCUUGAAAACGGCCUCAUGCUCUUCAUGUGGAUUGGUUUACAUGUGAAUAACGACUGGGUGCAAAAUGUGUUUGGCGUCAACUCCCCCGCUCAAAUUAACAUUGAAUCGCAUCAACUGUUAGAGAGAGAUAACCCAACAUCGAAACGACUGAGGAAUUUGGUCGACGUGCUGCGCUCAGAGAGACCCAGAUACAUGAAGCUGACCCUGGUGAGACAGAGGGACACCCUGGAGCCGUGGUUCAAGCACUUCUUGAUGGAGGACAAGGGUUCAAACGCCUCGGCGUCCUACGUAGACUUCCUGGUCCAUAUGCACCGAGAGAUCCGUAGUAUCCUCAGCUGAGAAUGAGAAUGAAGUCCUUGAGCGAUAUCCUCAUAUAAACAUUAAUGUAGUGUAGAUCCAAUGUGUGAGAUCCUGAGCUGCCAUCAUGUUUAGGAACGACUAUCUUUGACCUAUUCAGUAGGUUUGCACCAUAUAAGAGAGAGGAAGGAUUGAGGAGUCCUGAAAAGGACUCUCGGUAAUCUUUCUUGAGGAUGUGUAGUCCUGAAAAGGACUGUUGGUGUAGUCUUUGACUUGGUUUUGGACUGAAUUAUGUAAUGUACAUUAAUGUAGUCUGGGUCUGGUAUGUGAGAUCUGGAAUUGCCAUCUAAAUCUGCUAUUUUGAACUUGGACUUGGUCUUCUUUGACCAAGUGAUAUCCAAAUAUUUGAAUGCUAAUAGCACAGUGUAGAUACAGCGUGUGAGAUCCUGAAAUGCCAUCAAGAGCCGCUGUUUUGGAUCAAGUGAUAUCGUUGUAAGAACAUAAGCAUGGUGUAAAACUUGUCUUUGAGAUUCAGAAGUGCAGAAGGUCUUCAUCUGAACACUGGCAGAUUGGAAUCUCAGGAUAACUUACGCCCUCUUUGACUGUGUAUCUUGAUUCCAUUCAUUUAGGGGUCUCAAUCUUGGACUAGGUCUCGUCUAAAUUACCGUGUACGUAGAGAAGAUUGUGUUGCAUAAGUAUGUUGCAUAACGAAGUUGUAAUCUAUCAAUACAUAAAUGGUCUAGAUUUCACACUACUACUAGAGAAUGAUAAACUAGGCAGUUGGUAGGAAUUCCUUUGUAGGUUUCACAAAUCUCUCUAUUCACGUAGGCUACAGUGUUGCACAUAAACAGGUUUCUGAAACCUGUAGUGAAGUCUGAAAUAAUAAUAAUAGCUAGUUCUUAUACAGCGCUUUUCAGGACCGAAGCCCCUCUCAAAGCGCUUUACAUAUACAUGUAUAUUUAUUAUUACUCCGGUCAUUGGAUUCAGGCUCAUCCGGACCACAAUGUAUGCACAUUCUCCUCUCCCUGGGUGAGCAUUCCAGCCCGGCGUCAUUUUUACAAGUGCACACUUGCUAAUCUAAGCACAUUAGCUUUCGCAUCCUACCGGGUACCCAAUUAACACCUGGGUGGAGAGUGGCAAAUGUAGAUCAAUGUCUUGCCAAAGGACUUGAACCGCUGAAAUUUUGAUCCACAGUCCGGUGACAUAUCCACUCGUCCACGACACCUCUGAAAGAAAGAUCUUUGUGGGUCUGUGAAAAUUUAGAUUUAGCCUAAGCAAACUUAAUUUCAACAGGUAGCAGGCGUCUGGGGGUGUUUCACAGAACUUAUCAUCAGUGACAAAUGACAGUUGUUGUGAUAAGCUACUGAAAUCGCUGCUUCUGAUAGGUUAUCAGCAGAUUUGUCACUGAUUUUUGUCAUUUGUCAUCGAAAAAAGGCUUUGUGAAACGGGUCCCUGAAUAACAGCUCAGUCAUGCCAAAGGGCAGUUAGAACACUUGUAGAGGUGUCAAGGUCAGUGGAUCUCAUGGUUUGCAGGUUUGCGCCUUGGCACUAAUGUCCUUUGGCAAGACAUUAAUUUACAUCUGUCACUCUCCACCCAGGUGUUGGUUAAAUGGGUACCCGGUAGGAUGCGAAAUUAAUGUGUUUGGAUUGGAAUGUGGAAUAAGGCUGUGCAUAACCGUGUAAUGAGGUACUUGAGUACACUCCCAGGCUCACAGGCGAAUACUC